CUGACUGAUUUGGGGAGAUUACUGCUGAAAGAACAACUUUUUAUGAUGACAGAUAGCACAUUUGAAGAAUGCGCAAUACGCAUUUUGCUCAUUCUCUCAGUAGCAAGUGUGACAAAUGUAAAGGGUUUAUCCGACAAUAUAUUGGCACAUAAUAAAGAAUGCAGCGUAAAACCUUUGAUGUUGCAUGUGGAGCCGCCCCCGGAGUUCGCAAAGUCCUGCCGUCCUACCCAGGUACUGUCGAUGGGAUGUAGGGGCCAAUGUGCGUCUUACAGCUCCAUAAAUGCAGACCUUACCUCAAUGGAUAAAGUUUGCACUUGCUGCCAACUGACGAAAUCUGGUGUACAGCAAGUAAUCCUCUCGUGUGAUGGAGGCAGACAUAUCAGACGACUAAUAAAAUAUGCCCGUGAGUGUAUUUGUCGCCCCUGUUUGGAUCGACAAAUUGUAAAACAUAACAACCUCGAAAAUGUACUCAACAGUGUUCGUCCAUAACAAAGGAUGACUAUUACUUUAUAUGCUAUGAACGUAAAACUUCAGCAAACUACCAUAUUCUUGCCUAACACAUGCGAUGAUAAAAAACAAAUGAAAGUGACUAGACGUUGAAGAAAUAAUACCGACUCUCCAUAAGUGUAUGUCUGACCUCAUCGCAAUCAUUUUCCUUUGAUUAUUAGUUUAUACUUUAUCAGAGCCAUCAUGUUAUUGGAACAAUAAUCACUGUGGAAUCAUAAUUUCUGUAUGACCUACAUGAUGGUUAUCAUUUAUAUCAUUUAGUGUUAUCGCUACUGAAUGAAUCUGAUAAGUUUACAGUGCUCUACUAAGCUCACUACUACAUAUUCAAUAAAACUACAUAAUAUAACAGUAUUGUAUGAUUUCGUAACUAAAAACGUAAUAUUUUCUUGCAUUCAUUUCAAUUUUGUACAUUCGUACAGUCACAUCAU